AUGCUUUUUACAAGCUAUCAAUAUGCCGGCAUCCUGGCGCUUCAGUUCGUAUUGUCGCUCACAUCUAAUGCUGAGGGCGAUAAUAUUGACCUGACGCGAUACGUUGAUUUAUUUAUUGGAACUGAGGGUAGUGUCGCUGGUACUUCCUACAAUGGCGGAAGUGUAUUCCCAGGAGCAGCGUUACCAUUCGGAGUAGUCAAAGUGGGAAUUGAUACUAUAGUCCACGAUGUGGACGAGAAGAGAAAGGUUGACGUUAAUGCAGGAUACUCACCCGAUGGGAAUGUUUCUGCUAUAUCUUUUUUGCAUGAGAGUGGUACAGGAGGUGCACCGAAAUAUGGAGUGAUUUCGCAGAUGCCUCUUUCAACCCUUGAAGAUGUGAAUGUCGCCGACAACAGGACAUAUAUGCAACCUCGAGUGGGCAAAGACUCUGCAUCUGUUGGAUAUUACAAAACUAAGUUCCAAAAUGGAAUCAUAGCAGAAAUGUCUGCUACUGAUCACGCUGGAAUUCUCCAAUACACCUAUCCAUCCUCCACGGGAAAAUUUGUCUUGGUUGACCUAAGUCAUUACCUGCCAACUCAUGAGGAACCAAGCGCAAACCAGAUGUAUAGCAAUGGGAAAAUAGAGAUACAGGAUGGCGGGCGGAGGUAUACCGGGUAUGGAAUUUAUCGAGGUGGUUGGAAUGAAGGGCCAAAUUUCCAGGUUUUCAUGUGUGCUGAGUUUGAUAUUGCUCCAUCCUCCGCUAGAACAUGGCGCGCCCCGUAUUCCGACCCAUAUAGUGAGAUUAGGGGAGAAGUGAAGUUUUCAAGCCAGCAAACAAGCACUGGAGGAAGAGACGGGUAUCAGUACGCAGAUAGGGUGGGAGCUGUCUUUGAAUUUCCACCGGACACAACGACCCUGAAGUCCAGGAUUGGUAUCUCGUUUAUUUCAACAGAGAAAGCGUGUCAUUUCAUCAAUGAGAUACGCUCCUGGAAUAUCAAUGAUACUGUUAACGAUGCAAAGGACCGGUGGAAUAGUGAAGUGUUGAGCGGAGUGACUACACCGGAUACCAAUACAACAAGACUGACGAUGUUGUAUUCCGCCCUAUAUCGUUCACAUCUGCUCCCUAGUAACAGGACGGGAGAAAACCCAUACUGGGAGUCAAACGAACCUUACUAUGACGAUUAUUAUGCCAUAUGGGAUACGUUUCGAUGCUUGAACAGUUUUUACUUGUUAACCAAGCCUCAGCUUGCAGCAGACACGAUUCGUUCCCUAAUUGAUAUCUGGAGAUUCGAGCGUUUUAUGCCCGAUGGUAGGAGCGGGAAUGCAAACGGAAGGGUCCAAGGAGGUAGUAAUGCAGACAAUGUCCUGGCAGACGCAUAUGUCAAAGGUCUGCAAAAGGGAAUCAACUGGACGGAUGGGUAUAUGGCAAUGAAAACAAAUGCCGAAGUAGUGCCGUACAAUAAUUUCGGGCCCGCAGAUCCAACUGGUUCCACAAAGGAAGGCCGCGGUGCUCUUCCAGAUUGGCUUCAGUACGGGUACGUGACUCCCAGCUUUGGAAGAUGUAUUAGUCGGACGGUUGAGUACUCUUUAAAUGACUUUGCCCUGAGCCAAGUUGCAAAGGGUAUAGCACCAGAAGAUUACGAUAAAUACCUGAACCGGAGUGCUGGAUGGCAACAAAUCUGGCACAAGGAUAUUAGCAGUCUCAAUUACACAGGAUUUCUAGCACCGACUUGGCCAAAUGGCUCCGUGACACCGGGGUACGACCCUCUCGACUGCGGAGAGUGUGAAUGGAGCUCCCAUAGCUAUGAGGCGUUACCAAUUGAGUACGGAUGGACCGUUCCGUUCGAUAUGAAGUCCCUGAUCAAAUUAAUGGGAGGCAGAGAAACGAUGGAGCGAAGGCUCGACCAAAUGUUUGUUCCAGGCCUGCGUAUGGGUGAUGUGGGUUCUGGGGGAACAAACACAGUGGGCACCACGUUGUUUAACCCAGGGAAUGAGCCGAGCUUCUUCACACCAUUUCUUUACAACUAUCUCCCUGGGCGGCAGUGGAAAUCUGUCCUUCGUCUUCGAGACACGGUUAAUUCGUAUUAUAACACUCAACCGUCCGGACUCCCAGGGAAUAGUGAUGCAGGGGCUAUUGAUAGCUGGCUGGUAUGGAACUUGCUGGGUCUUUACCCCGUGGUAACUCAGCCAGUCUAUCUCCUCUCAAGUCCAUGGUUCAGUAAUGUCUCUGUGUCCGUGGGUGAUGGCUCAAAGCUCACGAUCAUUGCGAAAAACCUCAGCGAUGACAGCUACUUCGUCCAGAGUGUCAAGGUCAACGGGAAGCCAUGGGCGAAGAGCUGGGUGAGUCAUGACGAUAUCAACGGAGGUGGGACCAUCGAGUUCGUAUUGGGCCCGGAAAAGACGAGCUGGGAUACCGGCGAACUUCCACCCAGCCCCGGAUACGUCGAGCUAGAUUUGUAG